GGGCUGUAGGGGGCGCUGUGGGCGGCGCUGGGGCUCAGGCCUUGUCUCGGGCUCAGGUGGAGGCCGGGGAUGGCGAGCGGUGGGGGGACUGUGACGGCGCUGUGGACUGAGGUGAACCGCUGCGGCCAAAGCGGGGAUUACAGCCGAGCCCUGAGAUCACUGAGCAAGAUAUUGCAAGACAACAAGGAUGAUGCGACCGCUCUGCAUUGUAAGGUGGUCUGCCUGGUCCAGAAUGGAAAUUUUAAGGAAGCUCUUAAUGUAAUCCAUACGCACACCAAAGUCCUUACCAGUGAUCUAAUAGCUUUCGAGAAGGCGUACUGUGAAUACAGACUGAACAGAGUUGAAAACGCAUUGAAGACUAUUGAAAGCGUUGAGAAGCACAGUGAUAAAUUAAAGGAACUAUAUGGACAAGUGUUAUACAGGUUGGAACGGUACGAGGAAUGUUUGUCAGUUUAUCGAGACUUGAUUCGAAACUCGCAAGAUGACUAUGAGGAGGAAAGGAAGACUAACUUGUCUGCUGUUGUGGCAGCAUUAAGUACCUGGGAGAAUUCCUCUCCAGAAGAUUUGGGCUUACCUGAGACUUCCUAUGAGCUGUGUUACAAUGCCGCUUGUACUUUGAUUGGUGAAGGCAAGCUAGCCAAAGCUAUGAAGAAACUUCAGGAAGCUGAAGAAUUGUGCCGUCAGUCAUUUUCUGAAGAUACUGAUAUGACUGAUGAGGACAUUGAUGCUGAGUUGGCUAUAAUCCACGCUCAGAUGGCAUAUGUAAUGCAGCUUCAGGGGCGAACAGAUGAGGCUUUGCAGCUCUACAAUCAAGUCAUCAAACUGAAGCCCUCAGAUGUUGGACUCCUGGCUGUGACUGCCAAUAACAUUAUUACACUAAACAAGGACCAAAAUGUUUUUGAUUCAAAGAAAAAAGUGAAACUGACCAACACAGAAGGGGUGGAACAUAAGCUCACCAAGAAACAACUGCAGACAGUGGAAAUCAACAAGGCUUUAUUAGCCAUGCACACAAAUCAGGCUGAACAGUGUCGGAAGCUAACACUGAGUUUGCAGAAACAAAAUCCAGGGACUCCUUUGCCAGUGUUAAUACAAGCAGCACAACUGUGUCGCGAGAAGCAACACAUGAAGGCUUCUCAGCUCCUGCAGGAGUUCUUGCAACAGCAUCCAGAGAACACAGUUGAAAUCAAGAUGACGGUAGCACAGCUUUAUUUGGUCCAAGGUCAUGUUACCAAAGCAUGUGACAUCUUACGAUCUAUUGAGGAAAAGCAGAACAAACCAGGGAUGGUAUCGGCACUGGUGACUAUGUAUAGCCAUGAGGAAGAUAUUGAUAGUGCCAUCGACAUCUUCUCCCAGGCCAUCCAGUGGUACGAAAAACACGAGGCUAAUUCUCCAAGUCAUUUGUUAUUGGUAAGGGAAGCAGCUAACUUUAAGCUGAAAUAUGGGCGACAGAAAGAAGCAAUCAGUGAUUUAGAGCAGCUCUGGAGACAGAAUCCUAAAGACAUAUGGACUUUGGCACAGCUCAUCUCAGCAUAUUCAUUGGUGGACCCAGAAAAGGCCAAGACACUUAGCAAGCAUCUACCUUCACCUGAGGCUAUGUCUUUCAAAGUGGAUGUUGAUGCCUUAGAGAGUUCACAUGGGGCAACGUACAUAAGGAAAAAGGCUGCAAAGGUAGCAGGUGAAAUCCAAGUGAAAGAACAGGGACAAGGAGAUGUGAAGAAAAAGAAGAAGAAAAAGAAAGGGAAACUACCCAAGAAUUAUGACCCCAAAGCGACUCCGGACCCGGAACGGUGGCUUCCUAUUCGGGAGCGCUCGUAUUAUCGUGGAAGAAAGAAGGGAAAGAAGAAGGAGCAGAUCGGGAAAGGAACACAGGGGGCAAUGGCAGGGGGAUCAGCCGAGCUUGAUGCCAGUAAGAUGGCAAGCAGUCCACCCACCUCUCCCCGGCCUGGAACCACAGCCUCUGGAACUUCCAGCAACAUUGUGCCACCGCGGCAGCAGAAACCUUCAGCGGCCUCCAAGAAAAAACAGCAACAGAAAAAGAAAAAGGGUGGGAAAGGUGGAUGGUGAUGGCAGAUGAUUAUGGAAUGCAUCUGAUGGAUAUGCAUUGAGACCACAUCGAAUAUUCAGUCUGUGAGCUCUUGUAUCAGACAAUGUAUUCCUGUGAAUAAACUGCUCAAUGUAA